AUGCAAACUAAUGAAACAUAUGCUGUGUCUGAGCAAGGGGCUCCCUUAAAUCCACAGUUGCCAACUGUGACAUCAGAAGAACACCAGAAGAUCACUCACACACUCAAGCCUCAAUCAGGCCUCCAGUGGCUCCUGUGGUCAAAGAUGGAGGCCAUCUUUACUUGUUGCUGGUUCGUUGUUCAGACAUUUUUUUUAAUCGCUGGCCUUACAGUUCUGCAUUUUUCUACAUUUUCUGUUAUGGUUGCUUAUCUCUUGAAUGGAGCCGUCAGGCGGAGGAGAGAAUUCCGACCUAAUUACUAA